UAUCAUUAUUUUGAAUAUAAAAGCAAGAUGUUAAAUAAAUUUAUUUUGCUCUUGUUAUUCAUAUUUACAAAAAGUUUUGGGUUUGAUAUAGGCCUAAAUAUUAAGAUAUCCGUAAGACACGAUCUUGAUAAUGGAAUAAAUAAUGAAAAUAUUAAAGAACAAAGUCAGAAAUCCAGAUCAAGCAAAAUUCUCUCGUAUAUAUUGAAAUUUAUUUUAGAAACGUCAAAACAGAUUUAUAUUUAUUUCUUAAGUGAAAUCUAUAAACAACAUGAAAAAACAUCAAACAUAACGAUUUUAGUUGAUGUUUCUGUAGAUCUAAAUUUUAUAAUCAAAACUUUAUUAAAGAAUGAAAAAAGUAUUUGUUUUAUGGAUAAACGAAAACAUUUCUCCAGUACAGAAAAUGUCUCAAAUUCCAUUUAUCCUACUACUUUUAUGCGAAAAUGGAGACGAGAUAGGAUAGAAGAUGAGAUGCUUUUAUUUAACUGGGAGCAGCAUCUGAUUGUUUCUUCCUAUGUUUCAACUAAAUUCUGUAAACAAAUAAUUAGCCUGGAAAAUCAUACGAAGAUAAAAAAUGAGGAAAGUAUAUUUAAUUUAAAAGUUGAGAAUUUAACUGCCUGCCAUCAUAAUAAUUUUAGUUUGGGAACCGAAAAUACGACCAGAAUUAAUUUAAAUUUAAGUGAUGUCGUAGAGUAUCCAAACAUGUCAUGUGAAAUAACGAAUGAAAAAUGUAUUGUUUUUACAUUCGAGAUUGCCAACAGAAAUUUAUACUUUUCGAACAUAACGGAAAGCUCUCAAAACAAUUCUAUAAAGUAUAACAACGUUUUGGAUCAUCAAGUUGCGUUACCAGUUACGCAAAAUUAUAAAAUUAUUGUAUGGAUUGGAACAAUUUUAUGUUUAUCGAUUAUUUGCUUAUGUUUUUAUUUUUUCCUGUCCAAAAUUUCGGAUCAAAAGCAAAUCUUUGAAACUAUACAAACUGGUAAUGAGGACGAACCCGAAACAACAGAGAAAGAACUUCAAAAUAACAACUUACAGCUGAAAUUAGAUUUUACGAACGUUAUGGAAGAGCUUCAGGAAACGGAAGAACAAAGUACCAACAAAUGGGAAAGCAAUUUAUUAAGCAUGUUAAAUGAGUUGGAAUCAAUUGAAAACUUAGGAGAAAGCAUAGUUUUCGACAUUCAAUCUGAAAUCGAAUCAAUAGAGCAGCUGAUGGAAAUCAUAAAAGGAAUCGACACAAAAUAUCAAUGGAUUGUAGGGAAUCAUGACAAAUUGAAGCGAUGGUUUGAAGAAUUUGUAGCUUAUAAAACUGAAAUUGAACAAAAAUUGCAACUGUUCGAAGACUGUAUUAAAAUAAAUAAAUUCGAUAAUAUAUAUAAUCGCACUUCAAUUUAUUCGACAAUAUUAGAAUCGUAGAGAGAAAUUACUUCAGAUAAAAUUUGUAUAUAAUGUUUUAGAAUAUUAUUAAUA